UCGCUAACGGUUUUUCCCCGUAGCAGGAGCAACAAGAGUUUAGCAAAGUGGUCUGACCAAAGACUUAUGGAUCCUAUUGUUUGUGGGACAUUUAUUGUGUAGUUCUGUCUACCUUUGUUCAUCGGGGGGAACCGAUAAAACAACUCUGUACAAUCUGGGUUUAUUUUUAUCGAACAACCCGGUUUGUUUGAGGCCGUAGUAUGGAUGAAAUACGGCCUAACAGUGGUGCGCAAGCCCACGGGCUGGUACCACUGUUUCCUCCCGGACUGCAGGCUAUAUAUGGGGAAUGUCGGCGACUUUACCCCGACCAGGCUAACCCGCUGCAAGUUACUGCCAUUGUUAAAUAUUGGCUUGGUGGACCAGACCCAUUAGACUACAUCAGCAUGUACAGAAACACCGGCUGUCCAGCUCAGGACGUCCAGGAACACUGGCACUAUGUCAGCUUUGGACUCAGUGAUCUGUAUGGAGAUAAUCGGGUUCAUGAAUUUACAGGAGCAGAUGGACCUAGCGGGUUUGGGUUUGAGCUAACCUUCAGACUGAAGAGAGAGGUGGGAGAGACAGCACCUCCAACGUGGCCAGCAGAACUCAUGCAAGGCUUGGCUCGCUAUGUCUUCCAGUCAGAAAACACAUUUUGCAGUGGUGACCAUGUGUCAUGGCACAGUCCGCUGGACAACAGCGAGUCUCGCAUCCAGCACAUGUUGCUAACUGAAGACCCACAGAUGCACCCAAUCCAGACCCCGUUUGGAACUGUGAGCUUUCUUCAGAUUGUGGGCGUGUGUGCAGAAGAGCUGCAGGCGUCCCAGCAGUGGAACGGACAGGGCAUCCUGGAGCUGAUGCGUGGAAUCAGAAUAGCUGGCGGCCCCUGGCUCAUCACGGACAUGAGGAGAGGGGAGACCAUUUUUGAAAUUGAUCCUCACCUACAACAGGAGAGAGUUGAUCAGGGUAUUGAAACCGAGGGCUCCAACCUGAGUGGGGUGAGCGCCAAGUGUGUGUGGGACGACCUGAGCCGGCCCCCAGAGGAUGAGGAGGACAGCCGAUCCAUCUGCAUCGGAUCACAGCCUCGCAGGCUCUCCAACAAAGACACAGAACAAAUCAGAGAGACCCUGAGAAAAGGACUAGAGUUUAACACCAAGAGCGCCUUACCGCCCAUCGGCAGCCAGAAACAGAACCACGACAGAGCUCAAAGUCGAAAGGACAGUUUGGACAGCGAGAGCUCAGCAGCCAUCGUUCCUCAUGAACUGGUCCGAACUCGCCAGCUGGAGAGCGUCCAUCUUAAAUUCAACCAGGAGUCCGGCACACUGCUACCCCUCUGCCUGCGGGGCAGGUUACUCCAUGGGAGACACUUCACCUAUAAAAGCAUUAACGGAGACACGGCCAUCACGUUUGUGUCUACAGGAGUGGAAGGAGCCUUUGCCACUGAGGAGCAUCCCUACGCAGCCCAUGGCCCCUGGCUCCAGAUAUUGCUGACUGAGGAGUUUGUAGAGCAGAUGCUGGGGGAUUUACACGAGCUCGGCUCUCGCGACGAGACAAAAUUACCCAAGGAAUACAGCUGGCCAGAGAAGAAGCUGAAGAUUUCCAUCCUUCCAGACUCUGUGUUUGAUAAUCUGCUGCAGUGAAACAAAGGAGAUUCAUUGAAAGCAUUCUUUUUAAAGAGCGCCGUCAUGAAGAGCAGAUCUCCAUGCUGAGAGUCCGUAUGCUGUUAGAGGCCUGCUUCCUUCCAGAGGACAACCCCGGGGAUCAACUCCACAUUACUGACUGUUGCUGUGUUCUAAGACUAGUUAGCGUCUCCUCCCUGAGGCUCAAAUACCUUUGAUUAUCACACCAGCUCAUUCAGUGGGUGGUUUUGUGAAAAUUUUGCUUUGAGGCAAACGGAAUGUUCCAAAAAAAACAAAAAAAACAACCUAAAAUAUACAUUAGUAAUGCAGCAGAGCAGGCACCCUGCUCUACGGAUACAGUGUCUGAAGCAAUAGCUGUUACAGUAAUAAAACACUAUUUAUUCCAGUGGCCUUAAACAAAGGGACUAAAAUAGCAAAACAGAUUUUCAGUGUUUUCAACUACACCUGAUUUCUCUUCUUUUUGUAUAGUUUUUACAAAUGCUGGACAUUUUUCUUUUUUGUAUGUUUAUGCCAAAGUGUUUGACUGUCAGUUCUGUCUGUUUGAUAAAGCCACAAGCCAUGGUUACAGAUGCUGCUGGUUCCCCUGUGCCAAGAACCUAAACCCCACUCUACAUCACAUCUGAGCAUUUCUCCUCCUCGUUCAACCAGGCGUGUUUUAAAAAUUGGAAGAAAUGUAAGAGAUACCCGUCACAUGAAAUGAGAUCCUCUUAGUGCCUUGAGCUUUAAGCUAUUUUCCGUUCUGCAUACAGCUCCUGAUAGUUUAAAAAAACACAUCUCUUUCAAUGAAACGCCCUGGUUCAUCACAUUGCAUUUCCUGUUAACACUAAAAUGUAAAAUCUACAUGUUGGAGUCAUCGUACUAUAACUGCUCUUGAUGGUGUAUUUAUGUUUUUCUUUUUUAUUCAGAAUGAAAGAAAUGUUUAGAUGUUGAGGUUUUUAUUUUUUUUUAAUCAGUGAACUGUGGCUGUAAUCCGAAGUGCAUUAAAUUGUGUAGCUAUUACACAAAUAAACCAGGAUAAGUGAUUGCAA